UUUCUAUUCUUUUUUUAUUUAUAAUAAAUUUCAUGUUCUUCACGAACAAGUCGAUUGUGAUAGAUACAUGGUAUCAUGGUAUAUGUAAAACUGUGGGGAGAAAAGGGAUUGGACAAGAGCAACAACAAUACGAGAAAGAAAAAGAAGUAGAAGAAUGAAGGCGGGUUAUGAUUCCUACAAUUUCUUCGGCUUUAAUCGGAAGUUCAAGAUUACUGAACGGAAGCCACCGCCGGACGUGGUUGACUUCUUCAGUUUGUGCACCAACGGGGAGUCACAGAUGUCUCCGAAUCAGUUUCGACGGUUCUUGAUCGAGUUUCAGGGAGAAUCAGGGGUUACCAUCGAUGAUGCACAGCGGCAAAUGGAGCAAGCGCUGCACCUUAUCCGACCUAACUUCAAUCGUUGCUCUUUCACUCUUGAUGAGUUCUUCACAUACCUGUUUCUUGAUGACCUCAAUGGCCCCAUCAUAUCUCAGGUACACCAUGAUAUGACUGCACCAUUGCAACAUUAUUUCAUUUAUACAGGCCACAAUUCAUACCUUACAGGAAAUCAGCUCAACAGUGAUUCUAGUGUAGUGCCAAUUAUAACAGCUCUUCAAAGAGGUGUGAGGGUAAUCGAGCUAGAUUUAUGGCCAAAUAGUGCAAAAGACGGAAUACAUGUUCUUCACGGGAGGACUCUGACAAUGCCGGUAACACUUUACAAAUGUUUGAAGUCCAUUAAAGAGUAUGCUUUUGUGAAUUCUCCUUAUCCAGUAAUCAUCACCUUAGAGGAUCAUCUUACACGAAAUCUUCAGGCUAAAGCUGCAGGGAUGGUGACUGAAAUUUUUGGAGAUAUGCUUUACUGCCCAAAGGCAGGAGGUAGCGAUGAAUUCCUUUCGCCUGAAGCAUUAAAGCAUCGUGUCAUUCUUUCAACAAAACUGCCAAAAGAGUACCUCGAAUCUAAGCAAAUGGGAGGAGAGAGCUCACCAAUAGUCGGCAAAGACUUAUUUGAAGUAGAGUUGUUUGUGGGGGAAGAUGCACCAUCCAGCUUUAAAACUGGAACAGCAACUGAUGAAAGGAUCAGCAGUAAUCAGGAUGAGGAUGAUGAUGAUGAUGAUGAUGAUGAUGAAGAUGAAGAUGAAGAUGAAGAUGUUGAAAAUGAGAAACCUGAUCAGAAAGCGGCUCCUGUGUACAACCAACUCAUUGGAAUUCAUUCUGGUAAAGCAAAGAAUGGAUUAAGGAAGGCGUUAAUGGUUGGAUUAGGCAAAGGUAAACGUCUUAGUUUGAGUGAACAAGCUCUUGAAAGAGCUGCAUCUCUCUACGGAACUAAUAUAAUCAGGUUUACUCAAAAGAACAUUCUUAGAGUUUUCCCAAAGGGAUCACGGGUUACCUCAACGAAUUUCAGACCACUCACUGCAUGGAUGCAUGGCGCUCAAAUGGUCGCGUUCAAUAUGCAAGGGUAUGGCAGAUCGCUUUGGAUGAUGCAUGGAAUGUUUCGAUCCAAUGGAGGGUGUGGUUAUGUUAAGAAACCCGAGUUUCUAAUGAGUAGGGGUCCAAAUAAUGAGGUGUUCGAUCCAAAAACAACACUACUAGUGAAGAAAACUUUGAGGGUGAAAGUAUACAUGGGUGACGGGUGGCGUAUGGAUUUUAGCCGGACUCAUUUUGAUACAUUCUCACCACCUGACUUUUACACUAAGCUGUAUAUGGUCGGAGUGCCAGCCGACGUUACCAAGAAAAAAACCAGAGUGAUCGAAGACGAUUGGAUGCCCGUAUGGGAUGAAGAGUUUACAUUCCCGUUGAGAGUCCCUGAGCUGGCUUUACUAAAGAUCGUUGUGCGAGAACAUGAUGCGUCAGAGAAGGACGCCUUCGGUGGUCAAACGUGUUUGCCCGUCUCCGAAUUGAGAUCCGGGAUCCGAUCCAUUUCAUUACAUAACAAGAAAGGAGAGAAAUUUGCAUCUGUAAAGCUUCUUGUCCGCUUCGUCUUUGAAUAAACAAACACUCGUCGAAUCUUUUGUAAAGUAUUCGAUCAGUGUACAAAAUAUAAUCACUUUCAAAACAUACAUCCGAACAUCUGUAAUAUAACUUUGUAGUAUAAUUUUUAUUUGUAUAAUAUAUAAAUGGGUUCGAUUUUUGCAAAGCUAAUGA